AUGGGCCGGAUCCCGUGCUGCGAGAAGGACAACGUGAAGCGCGGGCAGUGGACGCCCGAGGAGGACAACAAGCUGCUCUCCUACAUCACGCAGCACGGCACGCGCAACUGGCGCCUCAUCCCCAAGAACGCCGGGCUGCAGCGGUGCGGGAAGAGCUGCCGCCUGCGGUGGACCAACUACCUGCGGCCCGACCUCAAGCACGGCGAGUUCACUGACGCCGAGGAGCAGACCAUCAUCAAGCUGCACUCCGUCGUCGGCAACAGGUGGUCGGUGAUCGCGGCCCAGCUGCCGGGGCGGACGGACAACGACGUCAAGAACCACUGGAACACCAAGCUCAAGAAGAAGCUGUCCGGGAUGGGCAUCGAUCCCGUCACGCACAAGUCCUUCUCGCACCUCAUGGCCGAGAUCGCCACCACGCUCGCCCCGCCGCAGGUGGCGCACCUCGCCGAGGCCGCCCUCGGGUGCUUCAAGGACGAGAUGCUCCACCUCCUCACCAAGAAGCGCCCCACCGACUUCCCCUCGCCCGCCAUGCCCGACAUGGCGGCGGGCGCCAGCGCGGGCAUGGCCAUGGGCUCGGGCGCGCACAUCGCGCCCUGCUUCGCCGCGCCGCCACAAGCCGACGACACCAUCGAGCGCAUCAAGAUGGGCCUGUCCCGCGCCAUCAUGAGCGAGCCCGCCGCUCCCGCGGCCGACAAGCCGUGGCCAUUGGGCGACAUGUCCGAGGGGCUGGCCGGCAUGUACGCCGCGUUCAACCCCGCGCAGGCGACGGAGUUCCGGUACGAAGGGACGGCGUCGGGGUACGUCCUUGGGGGCGACGGCGACCAGGGCACGUCGAUGUGGAGCCACCACAGCAUGUACAGCGGGAGCUCCGGCACCGAGGGGGGCAGGCCGGCAUUGCAGGAAAAGGGCAACGACAGUGUCGGCAGCAGCGGCGGCGACGAGGAGGCGGAAGACGGCAAGGAGGGAGGGAAGGGAGCCUCCGACAUGUCGGGGCUGUUUGGAUCCGAUUGCGUACUCUGGGACUUGCCCGACGAGCUGACGAAUCACAUGUGUGACUAAAUUCACACGGCGAGCUUAGCUAGCAUCAUCGAUGAACGUCAGUUCGCCGGAGAAAAGAAAGCCUAGAGCCAAACGAUUUUAGA